ACGCCGCCCGGCCCGGGCCAGCUCAGGUGCGGCCGCCCUUUGUUCUCCCGCAGGUAGUCGCGUGCCACCCGCGGACAUCGCCUUCACCCGCAGCCCGAGCUCCGGCAGGUGCAUCCCGCCAAGUCUGGGCAGCGCAGGUCAGCGCAUCCCGUAAGGCCUGGGCAGGUCCAGCCUAUGCAUCCUGCAAGGCCUGGGAAGGUUCAGCCCGCUCAUCUCAUAAGGCCUGGGCAGGUCCUACUCGCUCAUGCUGCAAGGCCUGGGUAGGUCCAGCCUGUACAUUCUGCAAGGGUUGAGCAGGUCCAGCUCGAACAUCCUUCAAGGCCUGGGCAGGUCCAGCCAGGGCCCCACACCUUGACCCUACAAAGCCUGCAGAAAGGAACUGCGCCCAGGACAGGACCAGUGGCCUCAGGCUUGCCCUCCUAGAUUCUGCCUGGGCGCACCUGCUUCAGCACCCAAGGCCUUUUGCUCUGGUUCUCCAGCUCUCUGUAGCUUAACCUUGGCCACCAUGGUCCAACCUCAGACCUCCAAAAACGAAAGCCCAGCCUCUGCCCCUGGUGCCAGCGCACAGAUGGAUGACGUGGUUGACACCCUGACCUCCCUGCGCCUCACCAACUCUGCGCUGAGGCGCGAGGCCUCCACGCUGAGGGCAGAGAAGGCCAAUCUUACCAACAUGCUGGAGAGCGUCAUGGCGGAGCUUACUCUGUUGCGCACCCGGGCGCGCAUCCCUGGCGCUCUGCAGAUCACUCCACCUAUCUCUGCCAUCACCUCCAAUGGGACCCGACCCAUGACCACGCCGCCCACCUCGCUGCCUGAACCCUUCUCGGGAGACCCCGGCCAGUUGGCGGGAUUCCUGAUGCAGAUGGACAGGUUCAUGAUCUUUCAAGCUUCCCGCUUCCCAGGUGAAGCCGAGAGAGUGGCCUUCCUGGUGUCCCGACUGACUGGGGAGGCCGAGAAGUGGGCCAUUCCCCACAUGCAGCCAGACAGCCCUUUGCGAAACAACUACCAGGGCUUUCUGGCCGAGCUGCGCAGAACCUACAAGUCUCCGCUGAGGCACUCACGGCGUGCACAAAUCCGGAAGACUUCGGCAUCCAAUAGGGCGGUGCGGGAGCGGCAGAUGUUGUGCCGCCAACUGGCCACAGCUGGCACAGGAGCCUGCCCGGUGCAUCCUGCCUCCAACGGGACCAGUCCGGCACCAGCCUUGCCCACCCGCAGCCGGAACCUUUAGGGAACCUGUGGCCACCCAGGUAGCUAGACUGUUGCUGAGAAGAAUUGUCGAUACAGUAGCAUUGUCCUGUGUGCAGGCAUCUUUCAUGCCUCUCUCCGUCUGUGGGAGGCCAUCCUGCCAUCCUCAUUGGUCAUCCACCCUGCUGUGCGUUUUGCUAGCUUUAUCUGCAGCUCAGUGCAUGUUCCCCCCAUGUUCCCUCUGUUGCUUGCAAUCCCAGCUUCUCUAGUAAUCACAACACAGCCCCUUGGACAUGUGCCUGCCUAGGAACCAUUUAGGCUGACCACCUCUGUGGGCUCGGCUAGUGGACAUUCAGCUUCUGUGCCCUCCCUACAAGCACCCUGGCGAUCCCCUUCCUGGUCACUCUGGUCUUGCUGAUGAGUUCUGAAUAGAAAGAAACCAGCUUGGCUCUGAAGGUGGCUGAUGUAUACCUGAACCAGCCUGCCCACAUCUGGUCCCUUUGCAAGGUAGUCAGGUAGUCAGUCACUCUGCAUUCCAGGGAUCCUUUCCUCUCUGGGGGAGCCUGCGUUCCAGCAUACCCCACCGCUGUUGCUGGGAACAUCUGGUCCUUCGCAGACGUUCCUUCUGCCUCUCCUGUCCGCAGGAGACUCAUCCAUACCUGUCUGCGACUGCCAGUGUCUUGAUGGCAUCAGGGAAAUCUAGCAUUCGUCUACCAAGUUAAUCAUGGACCUGGGACCCUGGGCAGUUCCGUCAGGCUGCCUAGGCAACAUCCAUGCGUCAGCCAUAGCAGACUGAGGGGGACCUGGGGACCCCAUUUGCUGCCUGGAUUUCUGUUGAGAGGCUCACAGGUGUCUGCUCCUUUCUGCCCAUGUGGCUCCAUGGUGGCCUUGUCUAACCACAGGCCCUUUUCUACCCAGGGGCCAUGUGGCUUUCACCUCAGCCUUUCAGCCGCCCACACCAUCUCUAGAGGUCCAAGGAACCCACCAACAUAUACCCUCUCUGUGCCUAGGCCUAAUGUCUAGCCUCUGUCCAAGAACAAAAGACUGGCUGGGGGCCAAUUCCUCUCAGAAGCAUCGGGCACCUUCGGUAGUGGGUGUUGGCCUCUUGCUGCCCCAGUUUGAAGAACUGGUGAAGAGCAGCCAAUGGCUUUGGUCCUCAUAUGGACACACAUUGCAGUUCUGAGGAACAAAACAUUGACUUCUUCACAGAAGGAUGCCUGGAGAUGGUAUUCAGACUCAGCCGAGCUCCUGGACAGUGACAUCUGUCACAUUUCAACGCCAGAUGAACUGUUUACAUGCCCACUUGGCCCCUUGGGGGAGAUGGGUGCCUCUCCUGGGUUCUCCUGCCCUCCUCUGCAUGGUCUUAGCUUGACCACAAAAAACCUCACCUCUGCACCCACCCAAACACAUUUCUCCCCUCUUGGGAGUCCAGAGGCUGGGGCCUGGAACCUGGCCUCUUUCAGAGACUUCCUCCAUCAUUGGGAAAAGUGACUGAUUCCAAAGCAGGCGCCCUUGCAAGGCCAGGAAUCUUCAAUGCUCGCUGGCCUCACAGCCCACGGCCACCUGCUUCUUGUUAACUCUGUUAGCCCAGUAGCCUUGCUGAAGACCCUGGACCAAGGCACCCUGCUGGCACCGUGGUGCUUCAUGAGCAAGUGGAAGACUCCCUGGGGGUUCCACUGAGGGUGCUCACCGGUCCCCAAGAGCUGAGUCUCAGGACCUUCCAGUAGAGGGGCCCCCCCAGUGAAGCUACAGCGUCACCAGAGAAGCAGGGAGGUGUCUGUGGAGGCAAGAGACACCUGGAAGGUUUCUUUGUGGCCUUCUCGAUCAGGAUUGGAGACCCACUGGGAGGGCAUGCCCCCUACCCUGGCUCCUUGGACCACCGGGUGCUGUAUUGGCUUUAUGUCCCACUCCAGAGUCCUCGGCUGGUGGUGCUGGAGACAGAGCCAAGCAGGCCAGCUGUCUCCCUGUGUGGCUUCACCGUCUCCCUUUGCCAUCUGGGCUGACUCACCUGGGUCGCUCUGCUGCAGUGGGUCCACGCUGCUGCUCUGGUGGCAUUGGCUUGGUGAUUGUGUUUUGUUGUCGCCCCCCCCCUCCCCGUGCUUGUGUUUAUGCAAACGGGGGGCAGUGCUGCCCUGUAUUUAGAACCAUCUCGAUAGCUCUCUGUGGCUUGGAGCCUGGAGCACAUGAGAGAGGGUUGAGGCUUGCCCUCCACCUUGGACCUGGAAGAGCCGCUUUGGAUCUGUUCCUGAGGAGCCCAUGGCGGCUCUAUCGGAGGGCAUGGUUAGUCCCUAGCCAAAAUGAUGAGAUGCAAGGCCCAUGCAGCUCCCGAGGGAGACCUGGAUAACUGGGCAUCAAGCUGAGGAAGAGGGGGAGGGGAGGGCAGCUUUGUACAUAUCCCAAGGUUGUAGUUUCUUGAGCUCAGAAGAGAGCAGGGAGAGGGGGACGGAGGAGUUGCUGUACGAAGGAGUGGCAUUUCUCUCGGCAUUGACUGUUGCAGCAGUACUGCGCCUGCUCCCCAGACUCUGUGAUGCCCAUCUGAGCAUUUAGUGACUUUGAGGAAACAGCAAAGACCCAUCUCGUUGGCCCCAGCUGAGUACGUGACGGGCGUGAAUGCUGCAUGAUAGUACAUUUGGGUUGGCCCGAGACAGGUGCCUGUUGUUGCAGAGGACAGAGCCACUACUGGAUGAGCAUGCCCUGAGCAUCCGCCUGCAGGGGAGUGAAUGGAGGUGGGGAAGCUGGCUGGGGCUGAGGGUGACUUAGGGGGCAAGCCUGGGGCUUGGCUGGAGCACGCUGGGGACAGGGCAUCAGGUGGCAGGGCUCUGCAGUGUAACAUGCAUGAUAAGUCCAUUCUGUUGCCCUUUGCCCCAUCCAGUGCCACCAACAGCUGGACCACAGCGUCCCAUUCUCCAUGGCAGCACACAUCAAGAAGCUUAGGGGACCAGGGAGAGGAAAGGACAUGGUCAAAUUCAGUGCUUUGAGGCUUCCUUCCUGUCCCUGGCCCCAUCUUUCUUUGCCUCUUACACACCCAUGGACCCCCACCGAGCACAUACGACACAGCUGUUCCCAUGUGCCACCAACCUUACUCUGAAUGGCUCUGAACUCUCCCCUCAGGCGGAGGGACAGUGCUGUGUACCAGCAGAAAUUUGUGUCAGGUUUUCCUCUGAGGGCCAAGUUACUCCCUUGGGGUAGACUCUCAAAGGUGGGAUUGUUGGAUUAACGAAUACGGGGCCCUCUGAGACUUUUAUUGUCUCCUGACAAAACGGUUUCCAGAAAUUUCUGUGUCCAUUACACUGCCAGCAGC